GAGAUCAAUAGGGUCUGAAAAAGGAUGAAGCAGAAAAGGAAAGAUGAGAAACUUUUGAUUUCUGUCCUGAGGGACCAGAAAGAGUUUGGUUUCUCCCAUACCUGAUCUUCACUUUUGCUUGAUUUUUUAUUUUCUUGACAAGUCUGUUGAAGAUUUGGUUCAAGAAUUUUGUUGGUGGUUGUUGAUUCUGGGGAUGGUUGCAUUGAGGUGUUGGAAAAAGAAAGAGCAAGAUGAACUGCUUUUCAUGUUGCAAGUCACAAGAAACACUAAGCAGCAAAUCAUUAAAGGAGAGCAUAAAGCAAUACCAUGGCACCAAAAUUAUGGCCUCUUUUGCAAAAAUUUCCUUAAAAUCAGAUAGCAGCAGAAGAAGAUACAUAACAGGAGAAAUAACAAAAAUGGCAAAAAGCAAUGUAACUUCCAAGGUUUUUACAUACAAUGAGCUCUGCGCUGCUACUCAGAAUUUCAAUCAUGACAAUCAGCUUGGUGAAGGAGGUUAUGGGAUGGUGUUUAAAGGGCACCUUGAGAACCCUGAUCAACAUGUAGCUGUUAAGCAACUCAAUAGGAAUGGAUUCCAAGGAAACAGAGAGUUCCUUGUUGAGGUUUUGAUGUUAAGUCUGCUUCACCACCCCCACCUUGUGAAUUUGGUUGGAUAUUGUGCUGAAGGAGAUCAAAGGAUUUUGGUCUACGAGUACAUGCCUAAUGGCUCCCUGGAGGAUCACCUCCUUGAUAUAUCUCCAGAAAAGAUGCCUUUGGAUUGGAAUACCAGGAUGAAAAUUGCAUUAGGUGCAGCAAAAGGACUUGAAUAUCUACAUGAGACAGCUGAUCCCCCAGUGAUAUACCGUGACUUUAAAGCAUCAAACAUAUUGUUGAAUGAGGAUUUUGAUCCAAAGCUCUCAGAUUUUGGCCUUGCCAAGUAUCUCCCAACUGGGGAUAACACUCAUAUCUCAACCAGGGUGAUGGGCACAUAUGGUUACUGUGCUCCUGAGUAUGCAUUGACAGGCCAAUUGACGUGCAAAUCAGAUGUUUAUAGCUUUGGAGUUGUAUUUUUGGAGAUGAUCACAGGAAGGAGAGUCAUAGACAAAUCAAGACCAACUGAAGAGCAGAAUCUAGUCACUUGGGCAACGCCAUUAUUCAAAGACAGGAAGAAGUUCAUUCUAAUGGCAGAUCCAUUGCUUGAAGGCAAAUUUCCCAUUAAGGGUCUCCACCAAGCACUUGCAGUAGCAGCAAUGUGCCUCCAGGAGGAAGCAGAAUCUCGGCCCUCAAUGAGUGAGAUAGUAACAGGUCUGGAGUACUUAUCUGUAAACAAGGAUGACGAGGAAGAGGGGAUUCCUGCAAAUUGAUCUUUCUCAGAUAGACAUAGUAAUGCAGACAGUGAAACAAAAGGAUUGGGUGAUGAGGGGGAGGAGGAGGAGGAGGAGGAGGAGGUAAAGAAGAAAGUGAAAGUGCUAAUGGAGCUAAUGAACUCAUUUCAUAUGUCAGGUUUACAGCUAGGCUGCAAUCCGAAUUCACCUCCUAUUGUUGUCACAACACAGAUAUCAGUUUUUGAGUUCAUUUCUGGUUUCUGCAUUGUUGAGGGAAAUUAGAGAAAGAUCCUAAAGUGCUACUUGAUGGAAUUUUUGUUGCCAUGUUGAGGGAGUUUUUUUUACCGUUAAUUCAACUCUUUUUCCUGGUUCCAUUUCUGGUUUCCUGUACCAUGAAAAUUUUAAAUCCCUCGGCUUUAAGGGUAAAUUGUAAUAGAGAGAUUUAUGGUAGCAUUGUGAUGUGCCUCGAGGCUUAUUCAUAGCACAGAUCAUAAAAGUAAAUUAACCCUUCCUCUUUUCCCACCACGCCCAAGUGCUGUGAUGACGGGAACCACAACCUACUAUACAUGUUAUAAGAAAUUAUAAUGCCACUU